AUGGACUUCGAUGAUGGCGGCAGUGACAGUCAGGAAGGGCGUGACGACUUUCAGUCCCUGACUACAGACUUGGAGCCCUUUGCUUGCGAUCACCCAUUGCUGAAGUUUGGCCAAGUUGGCUACAAUGGACCUGCUGGCUUCAUGUGGGACUUUGCCUAUGUCUAUGACAACCUUCAUGCUUUGGGCGAAAAGAAGCAGAAGUACAAGAUGUUAAAGGAGCUCCAGGAACAAUGCUGUGAAGGGCAACACUUGUCCAGGGAAGAUUUGCAUGUGAAAAAGGAAAGAAGGCGAGGGUGCUUGGCCGUUGAUGCAGUGAGCACAUUGCUUGUCUUGCACUUUUUGCUCGACUUGCUCAACAAAUCAAGAACUGAUGCCAAAGCGCUGACUAUGAGAAACUAUUUCAAAGAUGUUGGCAUGCUGGUCACCCAGGAAGCAAGUCGCCACAAUGAUGUGCUGAAGUUUUCAGUUGGUGACUUUCCUAUGCAUGUUCUGCCUACAGGGAAGUUGCAAGGCUUUCGUUUGUGGCUCGGAAGACAUGUUCACAAACAGGUGGUUCAAUUAUGGCUUACACUGUGGAAGUGGAUGGCCAGGGAAGACAAUGGGCCACUUCUGACAGAAGACAUUUCCAGCAACGAUGAUGAGGAGCCUUCCUUGGUGGAUUUACUCAUGUUUUGUGUCAAUUUUAUACAUUCCUACAAGGCGGCCCAUUCGUUUCGACAGCCUCCCCCUUUCUCCACCGAUAGCAUGAGAAAUCUGCAACAAUGCGUUCUCAAGUUUGUGGCGUGGGUUGUCAACAAUGUGGUGCUUGAGAUGAUGACCCAGCAGGACGAUUCUCAGCCAGUGCCAUCCAGACGCGUGAGAAGGAACUCCGAUGCAAAUCUGCGGAAGAUGAGUCCUCAUGAGAUCUGGCGUGUCAUUGAGCAAAGCAAGGAUACUGGGGUGUCAUACCAAAAGAUUUGUGCUCUGCGAAAAGAUGACCCACAAGGAGGAAUCAGUGAGCAGCUGACGUGGGUUUGGCAGAGAAAAUUGUUGUCAAUGUACAGGCAGUCAUCAAGGCUAAGUUUCUUGAAUGUGAAGAACUUCGCCAUUGUCACGGAUGCCUCAACUCAUAGCAACAAGGACUACCUGAUGAGCCUGGCCUAUGACCCUGUAAAUGGAGUAGGGGCUCACAUGUGCUCAGUUCACGUCAGGUCAACAAAAGUGUUACACCCACAGGAGAUGGAGCUGACACCAGAAGCAGAGCGCUUGGCAGCGAGACGGGAAAUUGAACGGCUUAGCAGCUUGAAGUUCUUGCAAGGCCUUUCGGCCCAGAUAUGCAAGUUGACUGACCUUCGCUUGGAUGAUUUUAAAUUUCCUGAAGUCUUGCUCAAAAUGUUGGAGCUGCAACCAGGCGAUAACUUCUUCUUUGACGACAAUGUCGCAGUGCUGAAUGGAGAGGAGUUUCAAUUAAGUCAAUUACGUCAAUUGUCUGAUUUGCCUUGUUUGCAUUGCAUCAUGGACCAAGGCAAAGUUGGCUGCGCAGCUGCUGCCUUUGUCACUUCCCAAGCUGGCCUCCAAAUCCACUUCACCUUCGACAAGAUUCACCGCCUGUUGAGAGACCUGAAAAACCCAAUCAAAGCAGCUGGCUUGGAAUCUUGUGUUUUGGCAACAACGUAUCUGUUCAGCGUCAACACCAAGCCUUUUGGAAGUGGCCAAUGGUUUACGGAAAAAACUCAGAUCUUGGAAGCAUUCUUUGAAUCCAACAGCUUUGACUGCCAAUGGUUUCAGGCAUUGAAAGAGAGAAUUGCCAAUGAUUUUGGUAUGGAAGGGUGCUCCGACAGGGAGAUCUUUGACUCCAUUCCCGAGCAAUUGGAAUCGUGGAGGCUCAAGGGCGGACUUGCCAAGGCAAGCAGAUGGUUUUCCUGGAACGAAGGAGCUGCUGUCCACUUGAAAGAAUGGCAUAGCUCCCUCAUGCUCCUCUCGUGGUACUUCCCAACAGAUCUUGACACUGAUGGUCAGUCUGGUUUGUUAGGCCUCAAAGGCUGUUUGACACAGAUGUAUUGGGAAGAUGCCCACAUCAUCUUCAGAGUUCAAUAUGGAAUGUGGUCGUGGUACUCGCAGCAGAUCCAUGAUGUCAAAAGCCCAGAGCAUGCAAUCAUUGAAUCUUUGGAAAUGGUCGAGUCAUGGAUGAGUCAUCAGUCUCUCCAGACCCUUGCUGAAUCGUGGAGCGCUCAAACUUGGGCCGAUGUUGAGCGGUUUGUGCCUGACCAGGAGGCCUUCAUUGCCAGAGUGAAUACCUAUGCUCUUGGAUGCUUGAUGAAUCGUUGCGCAACGCUUUCCAAGUUCUCAGCUCCACCUGAGACAUGGGUUGGGCUUCUAGAUCCCCAGCAAGCACAGGUGACAAGAAUGCGGCUCUUGAAGGAGCAUCGUUGGUUUCAAUCCUUGCGGUGCAGCAUGGCUCCUUUUGCAGCAGAGCUUGCCAGUGACAUUGAGACGGUCUUCGAUUUGCCUUGUCGUCAUUUGUGUCAUUUGUGUCAUUUUGACUUUGGAGCAGCGCAAGAGCUGGCCAAGCUGCUGAUUGGUGGCUUUGCGGAUUCAAAAGUGGUUGAGGACAUUCACCAAGCAUGCAGGGUGGCCACGAACCCAGGCAGCAACAAGAAGCUCUCUGGAGCUACGUUGCAGCUUGUUUGCCAAUUCUCUGAGGUUUUGGACAAGAGAGGGAUCGUCCAUCCAGCUGCCCUAACCCGUGAAGAAUUCUUGGACAAGUGGCCUGAUGCCAGAGAUGAUUUCAACUGCCGCCAGGAAUUCAAAUCAUCCAGCCAUAGUCUACCAGCUCGCUACUCAGAGAUUCUGACGAAGAAGAUGUGGCGCACUGUCAGUGAGGAUUGGCUUCGAACCUCAUACGGGGCAUGGCAAUGGAUGAUUCAAUACUGCGGGCAAAGGCUUGCUGACCAAGGUGUUCGCCUGGAGGAUGGUCUUCUGAACCGCCUUGCUUUUCAAGGGCAAGUGAUUGAAGUCAAUUUUGUCUAUCUACUCAUUUUGGGCAAUUUGAAGUGGCAAGCCCUUGCUUGGCCGUUGAAGCUUGUGGACGCUGCUGAUGAUGAUUAUCGCAUGAUGCGAUGGGUUUUGGAUUCGUCGUCAAGUUGUCAAUGGCUGCAAUGCUCUCUGAACAUGCCAGCUUUUCAAACAAAGCUAGUCUGGAGCAAUGAGUUUGGCAUCCACUGGCAACAGGUUGGGCCUCCUGAAACAUUUGCGCAGAAUUGCUUGCGGCGCUCCAAUGGCCUGACAUUCACAGAUCUUUGCUUGAUGGGGAGGCAUCUUUUUGGCUCCGAAAUCAAAGAGAAGUCUAGGAAGGACAUCCUUUUGAAGCUGGCGUUGCAUUUCGGAGAUGACUUUGCAGAGCUGGUCUUGGAGUGCGACUCUAAGACGACAAAGAAGUCAUCAUCUGAUCCAGAUCAAGCAGCUUUGGUAAAAGCUGUGUUUGACCACUUGGACGCGGAUGAGCAGAAGGAGUUUCGCUCUGUCAAGGAGAAUGUCUACAGGGAGGAGAAAACUCAGAAGCAAUUGAAGUGGCGCAAAUUGCUCAACGAAAAAAUGGAGGAGCAAGCAGAAGCAAGCGAUGCUGUGAAGAUGGAAGACGAAGAGGAUUUGGAGGAAGAAGUGAAGCAAACGAAACUGAACGUGCUGAAGCAGCAGCUGAACUUGCUGAGGAAGCAGCUCCUCCUGCUGAACUUGCCGAAGAAGCAGCUCCUGCUGCUGAAGUGGCUGAAGGAGCUUCUCCGUCUGAAGUUGCUGAAGGAGCUCCUCCUGCUGAACUUGCUGAAGCAGCAGCUCCUCCUGCUGAACUUCCCGAAGAAGCAGCUCCUGCUGCUGAAGUUGCUGAAGGAGCUUCUCCGUCUGAAGUUGCUGAAGGAGCUCCUCCUGCUGAACUUGCUGAAGCAGCAGCUCCUGCUGCUGAACUUGCUGAAGCAGCAGCUCCUGCUGCUGAACUUGCACCCCCGGCUCAACCGGCUGAGCCAGCUCGGCCAGCGCCUGUGCCUGGCAGAGAUGUCGGGCCUCGAGUGCACUCAACACCUGCCCUCCUCAGAAGCAUUGAGCCCAACAGUUGGUUCAAGUUGCCCAAGUGCAGCUUCAGAAGAUGACGAUCAAGAGAAAUGGCUGGAUGACAAGCUCCAACAGAUUUCUUCGUUAGAUUUCUAUGAUUUCUUGGCCUUCAGCAAAUUCAAUAGGCGUGUCGACUGGCCAGAAGGACUGCAUCAUGUCAAGUCCACAUGUCAAGACUUUCUUGAUUUUGACCAAGAGAAUGGCGGCAGGGCCUCGAAAGUGUGGCCUUCAUUUUUGUGUGAAGCAUAUCCUUUUUUGCGCGGCGCAACAUCGUGCUUGGAGAUGAUGGUGCUGGUUGCUGAAAGGUUUCUUUUCAAUUUGGUCAAUUUCAAUGAAUUGGAUCAAUUGGAAUUUGUUGAGUUUUGUGCUGGCCGAGCCCAUCUCAGUCGAGAGAUGCUGCGUCAAGGAUUUCACCAAGGAGCUUCUGUGGACAUUCUUUUUCAUCCCCACCAUGACAUGUUGAGUUCCAAGGGGCUGAGGACUUGGUUUGACAUGGUAGUGGCUUCUCGGCGAAAGUCGUUACACUGGUUUGCUACCAGAUGCUCGAGCUUCGUCCCGCUCUGUAUCUCUCAAAGCAUGAGAUAUGAGGAGAAUUCAUUCUACGGGGAUAGAAGCAGGCCAUGGGUGGAGCAGGGCAACCUUCAACAGGAAGUAACUGCAAUGAUGAUGUUCUUCAGUUUCCUCUUGGAUUGCAUUCCGGUGUUGGAGCAACCCACAGGGAGUGUGCUUCCAAAACUACCAUCCCUUCGUAAUGUUUUGUGGUUCUUCGACUUCAAGAAGACAGUGACCUACAUGGGAAGCUUUGCUGGCCCAACAAGCAAGCCUCUCCAGAUCUGGCAUCCGUCUUCAGGGCCUGGCUCCCUAUUUGCAGCCAUCGCCAGGCCAAGGCCAGAUGGCUUGGACAAUUUGGCUUCCAGUGGCCAGAGCUGGGAUGGAAGCCACACUUACACUGGCAAUAAGGAGAUGCUCAUCAAAGCGAGCACUACACGCCAGAGUUUGGCGCUUGUGUCGCCCAAAUCUACGAGCAGAUUCGAGCUUCGUGAAAACUUCACAACGCUCAAUUUGCUCAGCGUUGUCCAUUCAAAAGUGUCUUGA